AUGGCGUCAAUACCGACAAAAAGAGCAUGUGCAGCCCAGGAGUUGGACAGCCCGGUCCAGCCGGCUUCUUCACUGUCAACACCUUUGCAGCUGGUGGGCAGUGGGGCCGGUGUCGGACCUGCUCCUCCUCCUGCAGUCCAGGUCGUGGAAGCGCCCCCAAGUCCCGGAACCCUGCCGGCCAGCGUGGAGGUCUCUCCGGCGGGAUUGCAAUGGCGAUCAAAAUCGAAGCUGUCAGCAGAGAUUGCUGCGAACGAGCUGUCGAGACAAGCCUCCAUGCCAGAAACGCUUGGAUCGAGAACAGAGAGUGCUGCAAGCAGCUGUCUUCCAUCACCGGGUAUUGGUGAGCAGGUCGUCGACAUCACCGUGCAGACGUCGUACGAUGAGUACGAUCCAGCAACAAGGACGAAGGUCACGAAGAACAUGGGUGGCGACGUCUUGCGGUCCAGGCGCAAGUUGAUCCGGAAUGACACAGACAGCGGCUCUUCGUCAGCAUCUGAAUCUGUCCAGACCGACGGAACCAACUCAGCAACUUUUAGUCAAGUGCAUGGUGAGCAAGAUGCAAUCACCAACUGGGGGGUGCUGAUCGGCAAAGCCCUGUGGUGCCGCAUGAAGGGGCAAGGGCAGCAGGGGAAGCGUCGCAAACUGGGCCUCCUAGCGGUCGCCUUAAAUGGCAGCACCUAUCUCAACCGCUUCACGGCUGUCUCGAAGGAUGCCAAGCCGCCCUCGAAAGGUCCUGGCCGUGGCGUGACGCGUCGGGCUGCUACCGUGGUGAGUCAACUCCAGGAGAUGGUGAAGCGAGUUGGAAAGGAGGAAACCGACAUGAAUGAUGGUGAGUGGCGGGAAGACACAAUGAACUUCUUGUUCAGUGCAGACUACACUGACACCCUCAUGAUUCUGGCCAGUGGGGUUCGGCAGCUGCUGCAGACAGAGCCCACAGUCGUGCAAGUACCGCAGCCUUGCAAAGUGUUUGGCGACAUUCAUGGUCAGCUUCGUGAUUUGCUGCUGCUGUUUCAUGCAUAUGGGAGCCCUGGAGCCGACAAGCACUUCGUUUUCAACGGAGAUUUCGUUGAUCGUGGUGCUCACCAGCUGGAGGUUGUCGGAGUACUCUUUGCCCUCAAGCUCACCUUCCCAUCGCAUGUCUGGCUGGUGCGAGGAAACCAUGAAGACUUGCUGAUGAAUCGCAAGUAUGGCUUCGAAGAGGAAUGCCAGGAGAGCUUGGGAUCUGCGAAUGGUCCCAAGACUUUCCAACUCUUCCAAAAGGCCUUCGAGUGGUUGCCUUUGGCCUGUCUCAUCGAUGACCAGAUCUUGACAGUUCAUGGUGGACUUGGAGAUGGCAAGUGGACAAUCGCUGAGCUCUCUUGCGUUCCCCGGCCUCUAAACUCGGAAGACUUCCACACGCCAGAACGGAGAUGGCUUUACAACAUAUUGUGGUCGGAUCCUAUACCAGAGGAUGAGGCUAUGAAUGAGGCCGUGGUGUUUGGUGUUCACAGCUCACCCCGCAAUGCAUCUGCAGUCAAGUUUGGUUGGAAUGUUACCAAGACAUUCUGUGCUUUGAAUGGGAUUGGCUUGGUCAUUCGCAGCCAUCAGUGCCUCGAGCAGGGCCGCGGGUUCGAAAUCAUGCACGAGGACAAGCUAAUGAGAGUAUUCUCCGCUCGUGACUAUGAGGAACAUCGUAACGAUGCUGCAGUGCUGGCCAUUAAGCGCAACGGCGGUGCUUCCGCACCGCAGCUCUUAGUGCGUGCACAGGUGUUGAAAUCUCUAGAGCGCUUCCGCGGUGCUCAAGUCAACGGAGUAUAG